UUAUAACUAACUAUAGAAGAAAUAUUUAUGUUUAAUGACUAUGAGUCGCUCAAGCAAGUUGUCUUCAGUCGAUAAAUAUUCAAAAUCCAGGACAGUAUUGAAUGCAGUGGCUUUACAAGAUCACUUGGUUAAAUCAUUGUCCCUUCAAGACUCAUGGAAUAGCAAAGUCAAGCAGCAUAAAUAUAAUUCUAAGAACUUUUCAAAGACAAAGAAAGGAUCCUUUAAAAGCUCUACUAACAAUGACAGUAAUAAAGAGUAUGUUCUUGAUGAAGAACCUAAGCCACUUACCUUAGCUCAAAAACUUGGAUUGGUUGAAGCUCCAUCAGCUCGCCUUACUGACAAACAAUGGAGGGAUGUUAAAACAAAGUCUAACAAAAGAAAUGAUUCUGGUCAACCUUGCGUCAUUUGUAAAGAGGAAUUUAGAGAUCAAAGCCAGGUAUUGUUGUCUUGUUCUCACGUUUUUCAUUUGGUUUGUCUUCGAGCUUUUGAAAAAUUUUCUGGUGGGAAAACAUGUCCUAUGUGCCGAAAGGAACAAUAUGAAACGCGAUUAAUACACGAAGGUCGGAAACUGUGGCGACAUAAAUGUGCAAUCAAAAUCCAGUCAAGGUGGCGUGGUUAUGUUAUACGGUCGUGGUACGUCAAAUUAAGGAAGACAGUUCCACCAAAUGACCCAUUGUUGAGGAAAAAAUUUUUCGAAGAAAAGGUUUCCGCAUUGGAACAAUACACUUAUUUUUUGUUAUUUUCUAAUGCAAAACAACUGAUGCUUGUGAGGGGAGAGAAGUAUUCAAAGAUUUUUCUGUAG